CGCAUAAAAAAAUCAAAUGUGGAAGACGACAGCAACGACAAUGGCUUCUCCUGCGCUUCUCCUUUGUCUCCUCCUACUCCUCUCUUCCCAAACAAUGGCAGCGCCAGAGAGACAUCAUCAUAGGCCAGGCUUCCUCUACACGAGGAGCAGAGGAAGAUGCACGCCACAGUUCUGGAGCGGUAGGAGAGAGGCGUGGCCGAGGAUGGUUCCAGAAACAUCGACGGUGUCGAAUGUGUUCGGGUCGAGGGUGUACGAACGGUACAGAUCGGAUCUGACGUUGUUGGAAGCGACGGCGAGGAACGACGAAGAGGAGAACGCUUUCGGAGGGUUGGUGAAGGAAGGAAGUGCAGCGUUGCUUAACUCUUAUGCGAGAGAGGGUUUUCCUUACAAGCCUUGGCAGGUGAAGACUUUGAUCAUUCAAGCUUUAGUUUCUGAGGCUUCAGCUGCUUCUCAAGCCAAGCAAUUCUCGUUGGCCAACCAGGCAUGCACCUAAUCUUAUUCAUCAUUCAUCGCCUCUCUUAAUCUUUGCUAAUGUUAUUCACUGGGAAUUAGAUGGGCUAGGAAUUGGGAAUUGGGAAUCACUGCUCUGUGAUUUGGUUUUGGAAUAUAU